AUGAUUGAUGGUAAUGGUCUGCAAUUAUUUCAACUUUACGACUUUAACUGCUCAAAUGGAGCAAAAAUUCAAGUCAAAAUUGAACUGGAAAACAAAAGAAAAACCUUAGCAAUUAACUUCUUAUACCGCACCGAUCAUUUUCCUGAUUAUUCAGUAAUACUACAUUGGGGUAUUGUUCCAAAAAGUAAAUCAAAAUGGAUACAACCUUUAAAUUGUCUUUUUUUGUCAAAUGGAGCUACUCCAGAAAAAAAUGAUGAUGGAAUUUCAUGCAAAACCGACUUAAUUCUAUCAGAUAAUCGCUCAUUUUAUUUUUGCAAAAUUACGCUUGAUCUCUUUCAUUUUAAAUCCUCACAUAAAAAUAAUUCAUUAGAUGAAGAAAUCAAAUAUAGCGGAACUGAAAAUUGUGAGAACUCACUUAAUUGGUUGAAUGGAAUUAAUAAAGAAUGGGGAAUAUCUUUUGUGCUUUAUUCGAUCCCAUGUUACUCUAUUAAUGAUAAAUCGGCCCAAAUAGAGAAAUUAUGGAUUAAAGAUAAGGAUAAAUGCAAUUCUGACUUUUUUAUUCCAAUUGGAAGUGAAUUACUUGUUUUAGAGUGGAUGGAACUGAUUAUUUCUGAGAAUAACUUCAGCCAGCAAUUUUUCCAGAAAAAUGUUAACAUUGAAUUGGAUUCUAAAAAUAUUUUAACACCUGAACCAUCGAAUUUGAACAACAAAAGCACCCAAUUGAUUAUUAAUGGCUCACACAUAUAUUCAUAUAAUGAAUUUACUACCGAUAAUAAUUGUAUUUGGGUAAUUUCAAGUAAAAUUUGUGAAAGGCCACAAAAUGAAAAAUUAUUUGCAUUAAUAAUAUAUACAAACAUUUGCAGUAAAAGCUAUGAUUCACAAAAUAAAUUUAUGUUCAAAGAAUACGAAUUAAUUCUUCAUUUUGGGUUUACGAAAAGUACCGAACAGAUCGAUUGGGCAUCUCCAUACAAAUAUUUGAAAGAACACAAUCUAAUUUCAAACUUAUCGGAGAUCGACGAAAGAUCUAUUGAAGCAAAUUUUAUUAUUAUGAAGAAAUAUUCUAAAUGUGAAUUAACAUUCCCAGUCGAAAUUUUGAAACUCUUUAAAGGUUUUGUGUUCGUAGUGAAACUCAAGCCAAAAAAAACUUCAAAGUAUCCAAUUAAAUGGUUAAAGUCAGAAAACAAUAAGGAUUUUAUGUUCAAACUACCAUAUUGUGAACACCUGAUAGAAAAAGAGUGUCUCAAUGAUCUUUCGGAUAAAGAUAAAAAAAAUGAUAAAAUUUGGGAAUUAAAUCUAAAAAGAUUUAUUAAUGAAGCAGAGGGCUCAACUGAAGAAUUUUUAAAGAGUAAUUUAAUCACAUUUGAAUCUAUUAUUACGAACAAAAUGGUAGAUAUUUCUGAAGAUCUUGGCAAAUUACAUGCAUUGUCCGCGCUCCAAAAUGAAAAUAGCAUAAUAAAACUAAGGACCUUUUCAAAAAGAAAACUUGUAUUACAUUGUGGGUUAUUGGAGGUUGCAUUGAAAGGUAAAAAAAUCUGGAAAAACCUUCCAAACAGUUGUUUACCUUUGGGUUUGAUAAAAACAAGUGAAGAUUCAACUGAAAUUGAAAUGCCUGAAAUAAAUAAAAUAAAUGAUUUAAUAUUUGAACAAGAAGUUCAAAUAAAAAUCAAUAAAACAGAUUCAAUAGAUUUCGACCGAUUCGUUUGUGUUUUUAAAACACUAGAUGAAAAUGGUCAUAUUUGCUGGCAUAAGGAAGGAGAUAAAGAUAUAGAGAUCGCAAUUUCCUUUAAAAAUAAAGAAAAUAAUAGAGAGUGGGAGGGAAUUUGGUCGGAUAUAGUUUUUAAUAUUAUUUCAGCAGAAGUUGAAUGGGGAAGCAUUACUUUGAUGCACAGAUACAACCUAAUGGAUCAGAUAAUUAAAAAGUGGUCGAAUGAAUUUAUAAAUGAAACUUAUAAACUUAUAUCUGAUUCAAAUGAAAUAUUAUGGUAUAACUUUGAAACUAACAAUCAAAAUGAUCUUGAUGAUCAAAAUUUGAGAACAUUAGAUUGCGAAAAUGUCAAAGACGCAAUACUUCGUGGUGAAGAAUUCUGGGCAUGGAUUAUGAUUUGGAUGAGAUUCAACUCCCUUGGAGUAUUAGACUGGCAAAGAAACUAUAAUACAGCUCCGAGGUUGUUAGCUCAUUCAGCGGAAACAGCUUCUUUAACUGUAAUAUCAAAAUGGGUAGAGAUGCCCAAAUACAGAUGCCAAAUCAGGUUAAUAAUCCAAUCAAUUAUUAGAGGUGGAUCCCGAGGGCAAGAAGUUAGAGAUAGGAUACUGCAUAUCAUGCAUAAGAAUCAUAUUCCAGAAAAUCAUGGAACUUUUUAUGAACAAUGGCAUCAAAAAUUACACAAUAAUACAACUCCCGAUGAUGUUGGAAUAUGUCGCUCAAUCAUCGGCUACCUUAGAAGUAAUGGUAAUGAAGAAGUUUUUUCAAAAAUACUUCAUGAAGAAGGAUUAUCUUGGGAAAGGAUCAGAUCCUAUGACCGUCCUAUUACUGCAAAGCCUUACAUUCCACCUUUUAUGGAUGUUAAUGCACUUGCAUUUGAUUUUGAACAAUAUCUGGAGGUUCUAGUAGACGUUCACGAAGCAUUAAACCUACAAAGAUCAUUUCACUAUUCUAGGGAAUAUUUGGAUGAAAAAUCACAAAAUAUCUGUGCUUCCGUAAUAUUUGGGGAGAGCAAAAGGUUUGAUAAUACUAUUGACCUGAAUGUUCUACAUGAUCGCUUAAUGUCUGUAAAUAAAGCCAGAGAAGAGAUAUUAAACUUAAUUUAUAACUCGUAUGUUGGGAAAUCAUCGUCUUCAAAUAACUGCAAUUAUCAUGCGAUUAAAGAAAUCAUGUACUUAGAUUUAGGCUUGGAAAACUUACAGUGCAUGUUUAUACAAACAAUCUGCACCAUAAAAAAUAACUAUGAUAACAUAAUGCAUUUGGUUGAUGAAAUGAAUUCCUUUAUAUGGAUAUUAUUUGGGCAUGACCCUUGUAACAAGGAAUUGGAAGCAAUAUUUUUUGAUUGGAAAGAAUUCAAAAAAAUUAAUCAAUCGACAAACAACUAUAUUCUAAUUUUGAAAAGCUUAAUAGAUAGGCUACAGCUUUUUAUUGGUUCAAUCAUGGAUAAAAUUUUUUCAAUAUGGGACCCAAAAGUUACUUUUUUUGGAACAAAUAUUGGUUUAUGUAAAAAUGAUCCAAUAAUUAAGAAUUUUAUGGACGAGAUUUUGCGUUCUACACUAUUUUCCACAAUCUCACUCCAAAUCAAACGAAUAAAUAAAUACUUAUUAAACAACACAGAUCCUAAUGAACUAAAUGAUUGGCAGUUUAUUAGUUAUAAUCCUAAAUGGAGGGAUGGCCAAAUCUUUACUGGAGUUUUUAAGAAUUUGAAUAAAAUUACAGAUCUUAUUGAAGAUCCAUAUAAAAAAAUAGUGUCUUGUUCAAAUAUUUCUGGAGAAGAAGAUAUUCCAAUGAAUGUAAUUGGCAUAAUUUUAACAAAUCCUGAAAAUUCUCCAGAUUUACUUUCACACUUAUCUGUUAGAGCAAGGAAUAUGAAUGUGUUACUAGUUGUCUGCCAAAACUCUCAUGUUUCAGAAUUCAUUAAUUCAAUUGAAGAAAACGAAAUAAUUGAUUUACACAUUACAAAUGAUAUGAGGUUAGAGAUCAAUAAAAACAACGAAAUUAUAGAUAAAAACGAAUUAAUUGAAACCAAAGCUUUGAAUAAAGUGAAGGUUAAACAUAAAUCAAAAUUUUUCGAAUUUAAAAAUAAGAUUAAAGAGUUAAAUAAGUGGGUUCUAUUGCCAAGUGAAAUGGAUAACAAUAAUGUUGGCCAGAAGGCACUAAAUCUUGUCAGACUAAAAAAACUAAUCGAAUCACAAAGCAAUAAAUUACCUUUUUUCGUGCCAAGCUGUGUUUCUUUGCCUUUUGGUACAUUGAAUAAAUUGAUAAAAAAUGACACAUUUGAAAAAAUAAAUUCUCAACUAAAUAUGCUUGAACAAUGCAAUAUUGAGAAUCCAAAAAUAUUUGAAAUUCUUGAAAGUAUUUGUAAUACUAUUGAAUAUGAGAUUGAGCCAUGUGAUAAACUAUUGGAAGAAUUAAUAAAUGCAAUGAAAUUGCUUCUUCAACUAGACUUAGAGAACCUAAGUACUGAGUGUAUAAAAAAGAUUAAUAAAGAAAAGAUUUCAAAAAAUUCCAAGUCAAUGAAAUUAAUCUGGGAGAAAAUUAAAAAAGUAUGGAUGUCCGUUUAUCAGCCCAUUUCUUUCUAUAACAUGAAAAAAAUUGGAUUAUCACUAUCAAAUGUAUAUAUGUCAAUUGCAAUUCAAAGGUUAAUGAAUGCCAAAUACGCUUUUGUAUUACACAGUAAAAACCCUAUUCAAAAUAAAAAUAUUAACUUAACAGAAUACGAUGAAAUGUAUGGAGAAUUGGUCAUUGGACUUGGGGAAACACUAGUUUCGAAUACAAUUGGAAAAUCAAUGGGAUUUACUGCAUUAAGAAAAAAAAACUGUAAAAACUAUCAAGAUGCACAAUUUAUUAAAAAAAUUAAUGUUGUUUCCUUCCCAUCGAAAUCGAUCGCAAUGCUCAAUCAAAUUACUGUUGAUAAUACAAACUCGAUUGACUUCGACAAACUAUCAAGUAACUUCAUUUUUAGGUCGGAUUCUAAUGCAGAAGAUAUUGAAGGGUUUGCCGGAGCAGGGGUAUUUCAAUCAAUCCCAUUAAUUGAUCCUAAAAGUAAAUAUAUAAAAUAUCUGAGUCAACAAAUAAUAACAGACUAUACUCACAGAAAUGAGAUAUUGAAACAAUUGGCAACAAUAUCAUUUUAUAUUCAAGAUGAAUUUGAUCAGAUACCACAGGAUAUUGAGGGCUGUAUAAUUGAAGAAUGUCAAGAGUUCAAUAAUAAAUCAUUUACUAUAGCUAUUGUACAAUCAAGGCCACAGGUUUAG